AUGGGCGCCUCCGGCAGUCAGCCAGCUGAGUCAACUUCUCUUCCUAGCGCCGCACGCUCACCCCAUGCACCGUCGAAUAUGCCAACGCAAAGCAGGGCGCCGGGCCAGGCGGCGAAGAACGCACAGCCUGGCCAGUGUGCCCCAGGAUACAUCUACGACUUCGUAGGAGGCGGGGUUCCACUGGGACCCGACACGCUCGCAGUGGGCCCCUCCCAGACGUCGGGCGACGCAAUGAAGCGCGCAACCUUCGCUGGAAGCGGUCUGAUGAGAUACUCAUUGGAGGUAGAGAUUUGCUCGUCUCGCGGUCUCCGGAAUGCUGACUGGAUGACUUUGGGCGUGGGUGGGACCUCCGAUCCCUACUGCAUCUGCCAGGUGAUAGGAGCCGGUAAGACGGAAUUUCGGACGAAGACGAUCGACAACACCGUGGAGCCCGUGUGGAAGGAGUUUUUCAACGUCGACGACUUUUUUGAAGGCGACGUGUUACUGUUCAGAGUGUACGAUGAGGACACAGGCAAGGAGGAUGACUUCCUGGGGCAGGUGGAGCUGCCAACAUGCUCAGUGCUGCCCAACGGCUUCCGUGGCGAACUCCGUUUGCGGAAGACAAGCGCUGAUGGCUCAGACAGUCAGGAAGCUUACCUCACUGUGGGAGUCACUAUCCUCGAUAGCCGCCACGACCCCACUCCGCCGCCUAGAGCAGACACGCCGCAGCUCUUCCGCGUGGAAAUCCAGCGAGCAGUAUCUUUGAGGAACGCGGACUGGGUACCUGGGACCAACAUCUCGGACCCGUACGUGAAAUGCCAUCUGCGCUCCGGUGAUGGUAGAACAGUGUCUGGCGACAAAGCUUCGCUCCGCACGCAGACAAUCAAGAAUUCGACCGAACCGGUCUGGGACUUUGCCGGCAGCCUGUCCGUCCCCAAGGGAGCAGCGCUGGUCUUCGAGGUUCUUGACCAAGACUUGACCGGGAGUGAUUUCCUGGGCCGGGCGGUGGUCAAGUACGAGCAGCUGUCCUCUGGAAACUUCAAGGAGGAUCUGGUCCUCGAGGGUUCGCAGACCAACAAAAAGGCGAGGCUGAGCGUCCGCAUCGCAACAGCCGAGAUUGAGAUCGAGCGGCUGAAACGCCUCGGAGCUCAGCAAGAGAAGCUGGGCUUCCACGAGCAGGCUCAGAAGUGCUACAGCUCGGUCGAUGAGAUCCAUAAGGAUGCGAACAGCUACCUGAGUGCAGAUGGCAUUGAGAACCUGCAGGCUCUGGCCCGCAUUGCGAAGCAUCUCAUGGCCUUCGAUCAGUCCUUGGUGCAUUUGCAGGAAGCCCGGCGCGUGUCUCAGCUCCUAUGCCGAGCGAAGAGUCUGCACUUCGCACAGCUUCUGGCAGAAAUGGGCUGCCUGCACUUCGCCCUGCGCGACUUCCCCAGGGCCGAACGUGCCUAUGACGAGAGCGAUCAGACCCUCCGUCAGCUCGGCUUCGGCGAGUCAGAGCACAGGGCGACCGUGCUGGCGGGCCGAGCCGGCAUGGACUUGGCCCAACAACGGCCGGGCUCAGCACUCCGAGGCUACGAAAAGGCGGUGGAGCUCCGCAGCCGCGCCGGGGCCCUUCGCAGCGUGGAGGGAGCCGCCCUGCUCACGAACCGAGGCACUGCGCGGUUCUCCACAGGUGACUGCUCAGGAGCCAUCCACGAUUUCCUCGAGGCACGAUCCUUGUUGCAGCACCUGGGCGCAUGGCCUACUGAGGACGGCUUGGAGCUUCUUCGGAACCUGGGCCUCGCCUUGCGGAAGAAAGGUGAUGUCCUGGAUGCUGCUGCAGUCUUCCAGGAGGCUCGGCGAAUUCGCGAGCAGCUGGGGACACUCACAACACCAGCGGGCGCAAGGCUUCUGACCAACUUCGGAGUAGCUGUCGCGUCCCUCGGGCGCUGGCACAGUGCUCUCGAGUCCUGCGAGGAAGCAUGGCGCACGGCACCCAGCGGCCGCACGGGGCGCCAGUUUUGGGAUGCGACGUCAGAUCUUUAA